AUGGAAGAGGACACAAAUAGCGAACUGCACCUGUGGGCGCGCUACGUGAACCCGGUGCUGGCCGGCCUCUACGCCGCGGCGGGGCUCGACAAGCGGUUCGUGCGGGCUGACGGCACCCACCUCGAGGACUCCACGGGGCGGCGCUACCUCGACUUCCUCGCCGGCUACGGCAGCGUCCCGCUGGGCCACCACCCGGCCGCCCUGUGGGCCGUCGUCCACGCCGCCGAGCAGUCGCGCGAGCCCAUCUUUUCCAUCCCCGCACUACUCGACGGCGCCGGCCGCCUGGCUGAGGCCCUGGUCAAGGCGGCCGCGGCUGAAGGCAACAACAACGACGACGAGGCAAAGCAGCAGAGGCAACUGCGAUUCGCCAUGUUCGCCAACAGUGGGUCGGAGGCGGUGGAGUGGGCCAUUAAGCUGGCCCGCACGCACACACAGCGGCUCGGUUUCGAGUUCGUCGCGUUCGGUGACGCAGCAGCCCUGCGCGCCAAGUUCGAGGAGGCCCGUGACAAGGGCGCCCAGUACGCCGCCUUUCUCGUCGAGCCCAUCCAGGGCGAAGGAGGCAUCGUGGUCCCUCCCGCGGGUUAUCUGCGCGAGGUGCGCGCGCUGUGCACUCAGUUCGGGGUACUCCUCAUCGCCGAUGAGAUACAGACAGGGCUUGGCAGGACGGGCCGCUUGUUCGCCUACCAGCACGACGACAUCGUGCCGGAUAUCGUCGCCCUCUCCAAGGCCCUAAGCGGCGGCAUGUAUCCCAUCGGGGCGAUAUUGUACACGGAGGACUGCAUGUCGGAGGAGUACCUCUUCAAACAGAGCUCGACCUUCGCUGGCGGGUCGCUGGGCUGCCGCAUCGGCCUGCGCACGGUGGAACUGAUCACCGCCGAUGACGGCGCACUCAUGCGCAAUGCCGCAGUGAUGGGCGCGUAUCUGAGGGACGGUGUGGAGGCGCUCCGCGCGUCGGAUGCGGACUUCGCCCGAGUGCUCACGGCUGUGCGGGGCGUGGGCCUGAUGCUGGGCAUCGAGUUCAGCGGGAAGCGCGAGACCUUCGGCCAUUCCUUCCUCGGCGUACUGGCCCAGCAGAAGAUAUUGGAAAGGUGGGAACAGAGCGUGAUGAUUUCGAGCUACAUGCUGAACGUGAAGGGCAUUCGGCUGGCCAAUGCGCUCAACAAGAUGAACACCCUGCGCGUGCAGCCGGCGCUCAUCGUCAGCCGCGAGGAAUGCGACACAUUCCUUGGCGCCCUCAGGUCGCACGGCGACGCGGGCGGGCUUAUGGCCCACCUGGCCGGGCCGCGCACCAGCGACGACGCCGGCGACGCGAGCGAGGCCAGCACUGAUGGGUCGCGAUCGGAGCCAUCGUCGAGCUCGAGCUCGAGCGGAAAGCGCGUGUUUGUGGUGUGCGCGCGGACGUGGGACGACUUUCGGCGGGUGGACGAGGCCUCGUUUGCCGCCUUCUCGCCGGGCCAGAUGCGAACGCUGGCCGCCAAGCUGAGCGCGCUGCUGGUGCCGUGGCACUUCACCAGCGCACAAGGACACGAGUUUGUGUUCAUCCCGUCGACGACUGAGCAACUCGAGAGUGCGUCGCUGGAGGAGAGCAUGGGCGAGAUCGCACAGGCGGUGGCUCUCGCGGCUUCCACCACCAGCGAAGCUGUACAGAUCGGCCUCGGCGGCGGGCUGAGUCGCGUGCUGGCCCAGGCCGAGGCGCGCACGCUGCUGGACGCGAUGGGCGCGGCCCACCCACACGCCCGGCUGAGCCAUGGGCUGCCGCCCACAGAGAGUACCAGUGCGUUCCCUGCGGCCUGGUCCGACCCAUCGUACUUUCCUCCCGGCUUGUACUAA